AUGAAGAGAGAUAGGCAGAGUAAGAAGGAGGAGAAGAAGGAGGAAAAGAAGAAGGAGAGAAAGAAGGAGGAGAAGGAGGAGAAGGAGGAAAAGAAAGAGGAGGAGAAGGAGGAAGAGAAGAAGGAGGAAGAGGAGGAGGAGGAGGAGGAGGAGGAAAAGGAGCAAGAGGAGGAGCAAAAAAAGAAGCAGUAUAAGCAAAUCUACGCCUCAUUACUAUAUAUCUGCCUAUUGACUACUUUUUCGCCUUACGCAAAUUUCAGGUUCCUGCAGCUCAACACCAUGGUUUUGUAUCCUGAAACUUAA